UUAUUUUUUGGACGGUGAUAUAAAAGAUUGCUGUUCAACUGAUUAGCAUUUAGUUGAUUUGUGCUUGUCAAUUGGUCCAGUUCGGUCUUGUAGAAAAUUGUGAACGCGUACGAUUUAGUUAAAAAUUUACUUGUGAUUUGGAAAAAAUGCGCGCAUUUAUUACCCUCUGCCUGCUCGCUUCGGCGUACGCGAAACCUCAGGGCUACAGUUACCAGAAUCAGCAAAGCCAACAAAGCAGCUACCAGAACCAACAGAAUAGCUUUCAAAUCAAAUUGCCUGGCAUUAUCAGCAGCUCUUCAAGCGCACAACAACACAGUUCCGGCGUACCUCAAGCGCCCAGCUUUCUACAACAAGCGCUACAAAAUCAAAAAUUGACACAAUCACUUAUUAGCGCACCAGCGCCAGCGCCUGUAUCCAACGUUGCCACACCAAACAACUACUACCAGAGCCUACCACAAUUCCAAUCGAACUUCCAACCCAGUCUUGCUCCCGUUCAACAGCCCGCUUUCGCCGCAUACCCACAACAACAAUACCAACAAGGUGGCGGUUUCGGACCGGCACCAUCUUCGCUAGUCACCAAGGACAUUUACGUGCAUGUGGCGCCCGAAGAGCAAGAGGAACGUUACCAGCGCCCAGUGUUGCCACCACCGCCACCACGCAAGCACUACCGCAUCGUCUUCAUUAAGGCGCCAACACCAAAGGUGAACGCCGCCGCUGUACGUGUCAACCAAGCGCCCACCGAGGAGAAGACCAUCAUCUAUGUGCUCACACGUAAACCGGAUCCAGUUGACUUGGAGGCGGCCUACCAGGAGGCAGCGCCCAAACAGCCCAGCAAACCGGAAGUCUAUUUCAUCAAAUAUCGCACACAAGAGGAAGCGCAACAUGCACAGCGCACCAUCCAAGAGCAAUACGAUCAAUUAGGUGGCACCACACAGGUCUCCGACGAGGGCAUCGCACCGGUAACCUCAGUGAUAGGCUCGCUGGAUCCACGUGGUAACGCCGGCGGCAGCAGCAUCAGCAGCAGUUCCAGUGCAUCGGGCAGCAGCAGCAGCAGUGCUAGCAGCAGCUCCAGUGCGUCGAGCAGCAGCAGCAGCAGCGGCGGCAGCAGUUUAGGCCAAUAUUUGCCCCCGAUUGCACGACUUUAAA